AUGGAAGACACUUACAUCGACUCCCUGGACCCUGAAAAGUUAUUACAGUGCCCCUACGAUAAAAAUCACCAGAUCAGGGCCUGCAGGUUUCCUUAUCAUCUUAUCAAGUGCAGAAAGAAUCAUCCUGAUGUGGCAAACAAAUUGGCUACUUGUCCCUUCAAUGCUCGGCACCAGGUUCCCCGGGCUGAAAUCAGUCAUCACAUCUCAAGCUGUGAUGACAAAAGCUGUAUUGAGCAGGAUGUGGUCAACCAAACCAGGAACCUUGGACAAGAGACUCUGGCUGAGAGCACAUGGCAGUGCCCUCCUUGUGAUGAAGACUGGGAUAAAGAUCUGUGGGAACAGACUAGCACCCCAUUUGUCUGGGGCACAGCCAACUUCUGUGGCAACAACAGUCCUGCAAACAACAUAGUUAUGGAACAUAAGAGUAACCUGGCGUCAGGCAUGCGAGUUCCCAAGUCUCUGCCCUACGUCCUGCCAUGGAAAAAUAGUAAGUGA